AUGGCUGCAAGUGAUCAUCCAGAAAUGGAAACAGAUGAAACAUCACUAGCUGUUACGGCGGGAAGCCUUUCUUGCAAGGAAAAAAAACGCUUUGAAGUUAAAAAAUGGAACGCUGUGGCUUUAUGGGCUUGGGAUAUUGUUGUUGACAAUUGUGCAAUUUGCAGAAAUCACAUAAUGGAUCUCUGUAUUGAAUGUCAAGCUAAUCAGGCAUCAGCCACUUCUGAAGAAUGUACAGUUGCAUGGGGUGUAUGCAAUCACGCUUUUCAUUUUCAUUGUAUCUCACGCUGGCUGAAAACACGUCAAGUUUGUCCUCUUGACAAUCGCGAAUGGGAAUUCCAAAAAUAUGGUCAUUAA